GGGGAACAGAAAACGUUUUUGCAAAAUUGCAUGCAGCUGGUGAAAAGGAGCACAAGUGCGGAGCUCCGAUCAUGAAUAUUCUUCCAAAGAAAAGUUGGCAUGUAAGGAGCUAUAAGAACAUUGAACGAGUGAAACGAGAUGAAGCCCAGGCAGCUGCAGAAGCAAAAGAGAGUCAGAAUCGUGCAGCACUUGCAGAGCAGGAAGCAAGAACAGCCUUGUUACGAAGCAAAGCUCGCCAUCAGUUAACUUCCAUACCACAUGAUGAAGAGUGUCUUGCAGUACAGACAACUACAGAUACUUCAGUUAACAUAUACAAGCAUGUUGAUCUCUUUACUGAUCUCUCUUCUUCAAAACCUCAGGGAGAAAAGAACAAAGAGCAUGAACAGGAGGUCAAAGCAGCUCAGGAAAAAUAUGAGAAAAGUAUAGGUCUACUAACCUACCUAGGUCAAAGUUCAACUGAAGCACAGACUACAAAGCCUUGGUAUUUCAAACCACCAAACCGAGGCUCAGAGAAAGAUAAUUUGGAACAGAGUUGCACUGAUGUUAAAAGGAAGGGCAGUCUGGACCCUAUGAUGGAAAUGGACAGAUAUCUUGGGGUAAAAGAAAGGCCCACCAUCACGCCAGAAAAGACAGUGGAUGUGAAGAGGGUUGUGUCUCCUGGUGGCAUUCUGUCAUACUGUAGUACAACGGGUAGACACAGUACUAAGAGAAAAAAUCAUCCAAGUUCAGAUGACAAGAAGAGGAAACACCACAAGCAUACACAUAAGAGUCGACAUAAACACAAGAGCAAAACAGACAAAAAAGAAUCAAGCAGAAGGAGGGAAAGAGGCCUACAUCAUGACAUGACCGAUGAUAACAAGAAAUGUAGUCAUUACAAAGGGGACAAAGUAAAGUGCAAAGAGAAAGAUUACCAGGGACCAAAUAUACAGCAGCUACGAGCAGAGAGACUUAAACGUGAAGCAGCAGAAAGAUUAAAAACAAGUCGAUUACUGUCUGGUCAGAAGAUAGCUCAAACAGAGAGAUCGGGACCUAAAGAAGAUAUAGAAGAUAAGCCAGGACACUACAACUCACAGUUCCAUCCGGAACUCGUUCGUAAAAAGCACAAGCCUUUUCAGUUCAAUAUGAUUUGAUGUUGUUUGACAGAGGAAACUAUACUUGCACACAAACACAACAGCAAAUAUUUGAGCCUUCUUCAAUCUGCUAUUUGAGCCUUCUUCAAUCUGCUAUUUGAGCCUUCUUUAAUCUGCUAUUUGAGCCUUCUUCAAUCUGCUAUUUGAGCCUUCUUUAAUCUGCUAUUUGAGCCUUCUUCAAUCUGCUAUUUGAGCCUUCUUCAAUCUGCUAUUUGAGCCUUCUUCAAUCUGCUAUUUGAGCCUUCUUCAAUCUGCUAUUUGAGCCUUCUUUAAUCUGCUAUUUGAGCCUUCUUCAAUCUGCUAUUUGAGCCUUCUUCAAUCUGCUAUUUGAGCCUUCUUCAAUCUGCUAUUUGAGCCUUCUUCAAUCUGCUAUUUGAGCCUUCUUCAAUCUGCUAUUUGAGCCUUCUUCAAUCUGCUAUUUUGCACAAAUCUUUAAUAAGGAAACCCAGGCUGUGUGGAAACUUUCUGUCAUAUUGGCUUUUAUAUUCUUAAGAGUUUUUAUUUUUAUUACCUUCGUUUUACAAAUACAUAAAAAAUGACAUUGGUGCAAAAGGGAAGCCCGUACAGGCACACAGGCCCACUAAAUGGGAACCCUUGUGUACACAUCAACAACCAAACGACAAGUUACGAGUCUUCUCCAGAGAAAGAGUGCACAUUUUCUAGAACAAUAGACCCUUCUUAUGGGACGUCACUAUUUUAUUGCGCGCCGGAACUAGAACUGUGCAAACAUGGGUACAAACUCUGGGUAGUGGGUAUGAUACAUGACCACAGUAUGCCAGCAUGGCAUACCUUACAUGUUGCUACAGAAAUGGGACAUCAGUGAGAAGAGUCUUUUGAAUAAGUGUAAAAAUUAUAAUUGUUUGGUUAAAAAAAAAGAUGACUGUUCUGUUUUGGACACUAUUGGUAAUUGUUAAAG